AUGUUGUUUACCCCCUCCACCCAACCUACUCCCACCCCUUCCACUGCUCCCUCCACCCCACCUACUCCCAUCCCUUCCACUACCCCCUCCACCCCACCUACUCCCAUCCCUUCCACUACCCCCUCCACCCCACCUACUCCCAUCCCUUCCACUACCCCCUCCACCCCACCUACUCCCAUCCCUUCCACUACCCCCUCCACCCCCCACCCCCUCCACCCCACCCCACCUACUCCCAUCCCUUCCACUACCCCCUCCACCCCACCUACUCCCAUCCCUUCCACUACCCCCUCCACCCCACCUACUCCCAUCCCUUCCACUACCCCCUCCACCCCACCUACUCCCAUCCCUUCCACUACCCCCUCCACCCCACCUACUCCCAUCCCUUCCACUACCCCCUCCACCCCACCUACUCCCAUCCCUUCCACUACCCCCUCCACCCCACCUACUCCCAUCCCUUCCACUACCCCCUCCACCCCACCUACUCCCAUCCCUUCCACUACCCCCUCCACCCCACCUCUCCCACCCUUCCACUACCCCCUCCACCCCACCUACUCCCAUCCCUUCCACUACCCCCUCCACCCCACCUACUCCCAUCCCUUCCACCCCCUAUCCCUUCCCCACCUACUCCCUCCCUUCCACUACCCCCUCCACCCCACCUACUCCCAUCCCUUCCACUACCCCCUCCCCCACCUACUCCCAUCCCACUACCCCUCCACCCCACCUCCACCCCACCUCUCCAUCCCUUCCACUCCACCCCACCCUCCCACCCUUCCACUACCCCCUCCACCCCACCUACUCCCAUCCCUUCCACUACCCCCUCCACCCCACCUACUCCCAUCCCUUCCACUACCCCCUCCACCCCACCUACUCCCACCCCUUCCACUACCCCCUCCACCCCACCUACUCCCAUCCCUUCCACUACCCCCUCCACCCCACCUACUCCCAUCCCUUCCACUACCCCCUCCACCCCACCUACUCCCAUCCCUUCCACUACCCCCUCCACCCCACCUACUCCCAUCCCUUCCACCACCCCUUCCACCACCCCCUCCAAUACCCCCUCCACCACCCCCUCCACCCCACCUACUCCCAUCCCUUCCACUACCCCCUCCACCCCACCUACUCCCAUCCCUUCCACCACCCCCUCCACCCCCCACCUACUCCCACCCCUUCCACCCCCCUCCACCCCACCUCUCCCAUCCCUUCCACUCCCCCUCCCCCCCACCUACUCCCACCCCUUCCACUACCCCCCCCUCCACCCCACCUACUCCCACCCCCCCACCUUCCACUACCCCCUCCACCCCACCUACUCCCAUCCCUUCCACUACCCCCUCCACCCCACCUACUCCCAUCCCUUCCACUACCCCCUCCACCCCACCUACUCCCAUCUCUUCUACCACCCCCUCCACCCAACCUACUCCCACCCCUUCCACUACCCCCUCCACCCCACCUACUCCCAUCCCUUCCACUACCCCCUCCACCCCACCUACUCCCAUCCCUUCCACUACCCCCUCCACCCCACCUACUCCCAUCCCUUCCACUACCCCCUCCACCCCCUCCCCCUUCCACUACCCCCUCCACCCCACCUACUCCCAUCCCUUCCACUACCCCCUCCACCCCACAUACUCCCAUCCCUUCCACUACCCCCUCCACCCCACCUACUCCCAUCCCUUCCACCACCACCCUCUCCACCACACCUACCCCCACCCCACCCUAAAAUCACAUUCACAUGUAAUUAAAAAAUAA